ACCCAUGUUGUUACAGUCCCUGCUUACUUUAAUAAUUCUCAACGUCAAGCUACUAUGGAUGCUGGUAAAAUUGCUGGCCUUAAAGAAAUGCGUAUCAUCAAUGAACCAACGGCGGCUGGACUUGCUUAUGGUCUUCAUAUGAAGGCAACCAGUGAUGGUGUGAAGAAUGUUCUUAUCUUUGAUCUUGGUGGUGGUACUUUUGAUGUUUCGUUGAUCACCAUUGACGAGUGUAUCUUUGAAGUCAAGGCUACAGCAGGAGAUACCCUUCUCGGAGGAGAGAAUUUUGAUAACAGGAUGAUAAAUCACUAUAUUCAAGAGUUCGAGAGAAAACACAAGAGAGACAUUAGCAGAGACCCAAAGGCUCUUGCGAAAUUGAGAACUGCAUGUGAGAGGGCAAAGAGGACCCUCUCAACUGCUUACAACACAUUCAUUGAUAUUGAUUCGUUGCAUCAAGGAAUUGAUUUUCAGUCACACAUCACCCGUGCUAGAUUUGAGGAGUUGAACAUGGAUUUGUUCGAGAAAUGUUUGGAACCUGUUGAGAAGUGUUUGAAGGAUGCUAAGAUGAACAAGAGCAGUGUUCACCAAAUUUUGCUCGUUGGAGGUUCGACAAGAAUUCCAAAGGUUCGGUCUCUAUUGCAGGAAUUCUUUGAUGGGAAGGAACUAUGCAAGAACAUCAACCCAGACGAGGCCGUAGCUUAUGGUGCUGCAGUGCAAGCUGCUAUUUUGAAUGGUGUGGAUGAUGUGGAAUUGCAGGACUGUGUGUUGGUGGAUGUGACACCUCUUUCUCUUGGUAUCCGGACACAUGGAGGUGUUAUGGGUGUGUUGAUCCCAAGGAACACAACCAUUCCCACCAGUAAAGAAAUGGUUUUCAUCUGGAAGGGUAAAGACCUGACUGAACUUAUUGCAUCUGGAAGGGAGAAACUUGCUGUUUCUGGCGGUGGUGCUCCAAUGGAGGCCAAUGCAAUAAGGGAUGGUGCUGCUGGUGGUGAAGAAAGAGGUGGAAGAGAAAAUUGA